AUGCACGAUAAGGAUGCUUGGGGUUGUGGAUUCUGCGCGUCUCUCUUGACAACCUGGGAAGAGCGUUGCGAACACAUUGCCAUGCACUUUGAGGAAAAGGGUAGCUCCAAGUGGAACUUUACAAACGUCGUUCUCGGCUUGUUAAAGCAGUCCGAGGUGGCCAAUGCGUGGAACCAAAUGAUGCUCCAGCGCCAUGGAGAAGAGCAAAACUGGCCAAGCCUGGCCUGGGAGUCCAAGAGGUGCAAUCGCCUUCGAUACAAGCUCGAAACAAAGUGGGAUAACCGUGCCUUUGACAUUGAGAAGUUGGUCCAGGACACGUAUGAUCUCGCCGAGAUUGAAGCCAAGGAUGUCGAAGUCACGCCAGAGCCCAUGGCAGAGGUGCCCGAACCCAUUGAUACCAGCCAAGGAGAGAUUGUAGAGUUCAAGCUUGAGACAUCAGACUUUGGCAACGAUUCAAGACUGCAGAGCUCCCAUGGACUACCGCCGGAGCACAGCAUGAUGGAUCUGGACCCCAUUGAGCCACAGCAGUCUAUGCACCAUCAGCCAAUGCAGCAGAAUUCGUGGCCCGUCAGCACCGACAUGGACCACAAUAGCAUGAGCGUGGCUACCAGCAUGGGCAGUUUUGGUGCGUUUGAUACGCACAUGACAUCUAUGCCAACAGACUUUUCACAGCCUAUUUCGCAAAACUUCCAGCAGCAGCAGCAAUCUUGGCCCAACGCCGGAUUUGCCUCGACUCCCGACCUGCUCAGCUACCAACAGCCGACACAGUACAUGGACUACAAUCAACCUCGGGAAAUGGUGUCAGUCCCCACAUCGCAGUAUGCAAACCUGGCCAACUACCCAGCGACUAGGCAAAGCAUGCCACCCAACUUCCUUCCACAACAGCAGCAGCAACAAAGCACGCCAACAUCUCGACGUUAUGUGCCAAAGCUGGUCAGCAUUGGGUCAAGCCGGGUGCCUCAACAGGACCAACCGCCUCCACCACCUCCCAAAGACGAGGGCCACCAUAACCACAACCGCUUCUCCCGCAUGAUUAUGCGCCGGCGACCAAGCAAUAUUUCGCAACACAGCCUCGUCUCGCAACGAGACAUUGGCUGGAUGAAUGAUGACAACUGGGGCUAACGCUCUCGCCUCGUCGUCAGAGCAUGAUGUCUUCAUUGAUACACAUGCUCACCCACUUUGAUCUACGCCGGCUGGCCUGCACCGUACAUCCACUCUCCUUAAAACAAACAAAAAGCCUCACUGUGAAAAGUGACUCCGAACCUCGCAUCCGUAUGCGAGCUACACGCCACCUCAACGGAGCCCCCCACACUUAUACCACCACAUUUCCUUCGUCUUCUACUGUCGCAUAUUUGAUUUUUUGAGCCUGGCUUUUGGGAAAUGGAAUAGGAGAAAGAGUAUACCCAAUAAUGCAGCGUGUUUUUGUC